AGAACAAAAAUCUUUGCAGGCAGGUUCCUAGAGCGUUGAGAGAGGGGCGCCUGAGAUUCUUUUCCAGACGCUGUCUGCGCCGAUCGGGAAUUCUCGGGGAUAAGGGAUAGACGAGACAAAAGAGCCGGUUGUUUCUGAACUGUGUUGUGAGGAUAAUUGUCGGAUCUCUGCCUCAAAAAGAGACCGUUUCGUAGUUCAGUUUCUGAGUUUGCGCGUUCGCCACUGUCGCCCGUCCGUUCUGCGCGAACGUUUCAGCGCGUUCGCCGCAGCCGUUCCCCCGCUCCCCAUCGUUCAGUCCACCCGCCAUCUGUUUCCUCGCCCCGCGUUUCUUUUCCGUAAACAUUCCCUUUGCUGUCCAUUUCCGCCUUUCUUUCCGCGCCCCGGAACGAAUCCACGAACUCCCUCUCUCUCACGGUUCUCCGCGUGGCAGCUCCCGCCACACACUCGGGCGUCCAUACACCUGGUGGCUCGUGUCAGUUUCCCAGUCACGCGAGCUGUCACUUCUAUUGUUCUGUGAUUUUCACGAGUCUGCCUCAGAGACAAAAUGGUCGCUUUCCCGUCUUUGUCUGCGGCUUCCGCCGCCGCGCGCACCAACGGCUUUGCGUCUUUCUGCAAACCCGGAAUGGCCUGCAAAGGCGCCGGCUUCGUUCGUUUUUUCUCGUUUUUUGCGCCUGCACGCGGAGCCGCUGCGGGUGUGUCGGCCCUGCAGCAGUUCUCAAGACCUGCUGCAGCUGCUGCGCUCGGCUCCCAGUUCCAGCAGCGACGAAAUGUCGGCGGCAGCGCGAUCGAUUUCACUGUUGCCUGCCGCACUUCUACGGAAACUCGAAAAGAUCUCGGACCCACCACUCCAAUGAACGUUUUCACGGCGGUUAACUCUGCGCUACACACCGCUCUCGAAACUGACCCAACAGCAUGCGUCUUCGGCGAGGAUGUUGCCUUUGGAGGAGUUUUCCGCUGCUCCGUGGACCUCCGUGAAAAGUUCGGACAACACCGCGUUUUCAACACCCCUCUUUCUGAGCAGGGGAUUGCCGGUUUCGGCAUUGGCAUGGCUGCAGUGGGCUACACUGCCAUCGGAGAAAUUCAGUUUGGAGACUACAUUCUUCCUGCGUUCGACCAGAUUGCUAACGAAGCAGCCAAGUUCCGCUACCGCAGCGGAGGCAACUGGAAUUGCGGCAAGCUGACGAUUCGUAGCACUUGGGGCGCUGUGGGCCAUGGAGGUCUCUACCACUCUCAGUCUCCGGAGGCGUACUUUGCGCAUGCGUCUGGUCUCAAGAUCGUCGUCCCCCGCGGGCCGUAUCAAACCAAGGGACUUCUUCUCUCCUCGAUUCGCGACGAUAACCCAGUUGUCUUUUUCGAACCGAAAAUCCUUUACCGCGCCGCCGUCGACGAAGUCCCCACUGGCGACUACGAGCUCCCUCUGAGCCACGCUGAUAUUGUGAAGGAAGGCUCUCACAUCACUGCCAUUGCCUGGGGAACGCAAGUCCACAGACUGUUGAAGGCUGCACAGGAGGUUGAGAAAGAAGGCAUUUCUGUGGAGGUGAUCGAUCUGCAAACCAUCUUGCCCUGGGAUGUCGACACCAUUGUCAAGUCCGUAAACAAGACCUCCCGCUGCCUCAUCACUCACGAGGCCCCAAUGACCAUGGGAUUUGGAGCAGAGCUCGCUUCCACGAUUCAAGAAAAAUGCUUCUUCUCUCUGGAGGCGCCCAUCAAGCGUGUAACGGGAUAUGACACUCCCUUCCCUCUCGCCUUCGAGCCUUUCUACCUGCCUGAUGAGCGCAAAGUCGCCGAGGCUCUCCGUGAACUGAAGCAGGCGUAAACUCGCGGAAUAAAGCGCAUGCGGGGGAGAGACUGUCUCUCCGGAGAGGCGAAGAAAACUCCCGAGCAAACAGCGAGCGCAGAGGCAGAGAGGAAAACUGCGAGAGAGACAGAGAGACGCCAGAGACACUGGAUGGGUGCAAAUGAAGUGCCAGAAGACGCAGCUGAUUGUGUAGGAUAUUGACGUCCAGCAUUUUUAGCUGUCUUCAGCAGUUCAGGGGGCGGUGAAAUGCAGCAUCCACAAAUAUCGUGAUUGUCUGUAUCUAAAAAAACAAAGUCCUAUUCAGCAUCCGAGUGUCGUGGCUUGUCCAAUAAUACGGCCGACCUGGUAGAAGCGUUGCAGACGGUUUCUCUGAAGGAGAGAGCAACACAGGGAAAAAAGCAAAAGGAGUGGACAUCAAGCAGAAACAAAGAGUGAUCGUGGUCAGACACAGGCAGUUCUGCCCUCUGGAGCUUCUGGUCGACGGGGAAAAGAAAGGAAAAGAAAAAGAGAGAGAUACCUGUCGAGCGAGCAAGCAAAGAGGAUGUGUGUCUACCUCACACUAGGCGUGUGACGCAUCAAUGGCCGCAAUUUCUGCGCGGGCAACAGGCAUAGGAGGCCUGUUUCUGUUCUUUCAGUUGUUUCCUUUUGUCAGGUUUUGAGAGCGGUGGUUUUCUGUUGUGGUUGUCCGCUGCAUGCGCGUCCCAAGCAGUGUGAACAGCUCUUCGUUGUGGACGGAGAAGUGCCGGAUCCGUUUCUUCGUCGGAACUGACGUCGUCUUUCUGGGAUGAGGUCGAAGAAACAGACAGUUCUCUGCUCAAGGCGCUUCAGUUUCGUCUCUGAAUAGGGUGCUCUCGUAGACAAAAGGUUCGACCGUGA